AUGUCUACUAGAUAUUUGCAUAAACAACAUCAUGUACACGAGAAAAAAGGUUGGUUUUUUUUUGAUUUUUGAAAUUUUUGAAGUGAGGGGAAAUCUCAAAAUUGUAUUAGCAAGACAUUUUUGCGAAAAUAGUGCGCUAUCAGCUCAUUUUCCAUAAAAUUUGCAAAAUUUUAACACCAAACACGCUAUUUUUGAAGUUCGUGCGGCAAAUUUGCAAAUAUCCCUAGGCCACGCCCAUUUAGCUGUGCCAUGUAGGAAAUUCUGCAAUUUUUUAAUCUCAAUUACUUCCUGCGCUCCUUUUCAAAACGCCGUGUAAUCUUUUUGGCAAAAAGUUUUUGCCCGGCGAAAAAACAAAACGCGCUGUGCAUUUGUGCGUCGCCGUGUUUGCACACAACUGUGUGCUACAGUAGGCUGCCACACAAAUUAAUUUUGAGAAAAACAAUUUUCGAUGAAAUUUCUAGGCCACAAUCACUAAAAUUCCUUAGUUAGGUAACCAAAACGAAAAUUUAAAGGUACACACACGAUUUUUUGUCCUACGAAACUUGCGGCAAUUUAAAUUUUUAUUUUUUAACUUUUUUUUUCUCCACGGCUUUGUAUGAAUCCAGAAUCCAGCCUCAUUUUGAGACCAAUUUUAAUUUUAAUUUUAAUUAGGAGUAAAAAUACUCGCUCAUGUGUAAGAUGUGUUCCCCACAAGUAAUUAAUUGUGAAGUGAAAGUGUUUGUGGUGAAAAUUUUUUCUUCACAGGACCAUCUUCUUCUUUCACUAAUGUGUUGCAUUUUCUCUUCUUUUUGUCAUUUUUUGCUUGUUUUUGAAAACAACCCAAAAAUUUCGAGGAAAAACGAGGAAAAAAAAACACAACAAGAGAAAUCAUAUCAUAUUUCGCCUCUUGUCUCGAGCACCCCUUCUUGCUUUUUCUCACCUCCACUUUUCAACCCGGCAUAAAAUAAAAGUAUUUUUUUAUGAUUCGGGUUGGUUGCUCGAGGUGUGUGGUCCAUUAAUCAGAUUAGUUUUUUUUGGAUGUCUGCCAUUUUUUUUAUCCUAAGAUGACAUUUAGGUAAAAUAAAAAUAAAAAAAAACAUUGCCCGCAUUGGGGCUCGAACCCCGGUUUUUCAAAAGCUCGGCAAGAGUGUAUACCACUCGGCCACGCGGCCCUUUUUUUUGCUAGCGUUAAAUUUCGCAUAUAAAAUUGCUACUCACAAAUUUGUGACAUUUCAAUGUAAACGUCAAAAAAAACCUAAUCGUCUUAAAUAAUGAACUUUUUCUCCUCGUCAGCAAUGAAUGCAAUUUUUUUCCUUGUGCUCUUUUUUUUCCCUGAGCCUUGUUUAAUUUUCCUCAUGUUUUUUGUCUUGCUUCCAACCCAUUCAUUUUUUAUUAUGAAUUGGAUUGUUCAACAAAAAUUUUUUUCUUUUUUUUUUGAUAUAUUUGUUUUUUCCCAGGCUGAAACAAAAAAAAGACAUAUGCCAAUUUUGAAGAAAAACGAACGACCGAAAAAAUAAACAAAAUUUUGGCCAAAAAAAUCCGAAAAAAAGAACUUUCUUUGGCCUCCGCCUUGAUUAUAUACAAUAUAAAUCAUGGUUCAGUAGAUGUGAACAAAAAAAAAUUGUUGGCGGCGGAAACGAUGUGCACAUUGAGCCCCCGGAGUAAUUUAUUUCGCCUUUUCCGGGUUUUCAAGUGGAGCAGCUCACUGAGCUCGGCUCAUUUAACUUUUGAAUCUCGAAAUUUCCGCCAUGAUCAUUUGUAAUCUGAUAGUUUUUUCCCUUUUUUUUCCUCCCAAGAACUUUAUAUUUUUUUGGACUCUUAAAAUCAUCUGAAAACCAAAAAAAAAAGUAGGAUGGUCCAUUCACCGAGUGGUACCAUUGUUCUCUUGUUUUUCCUGUUGUUUUUCUGGUCCAAACUUUGUUAAUUCGAUUUUGUUUGUUUAUUUUCUAGUUGUGCAAAGAUUUUUUUUUUCGUAGUAAAGUAGCACCUCGAAAGUUCAGAGAUAGAAAUUUUGGUCCGAAAUUUCUAGGUUUUUGUAGAUUGGUUUUAACUGGGUUCCAAGAAUCCACUUGAGCUCUUCUUAAAGAACCUAAGGAAAGCCUAAGCUUAAAAUAAGCCUAAGGCUAAUGUCCGCAAGCCUAAGCCUAAAAUGAACGUAAGCCUAAGGUAAGCCUAAGCCUAAACACUCUAAAAGUUAAGUAAGCCUAAGCCUAAAGUAAGCUUGUUAGGUCUAAAGCAAGCUUAAGCCUAAGUUCCCUAAGCCUAACGAAAAAAAAGGUAAGCCUAAGCCUAAAGUAAGCCUAAGCCUAACAUUCUAAAAGUUGAGGAAGUCUAAGCCUAAGGUAAGCCUAACGUAAGUUUAACCUUAAAUUUCGUAAGGCUAAAGUAAGCCUAAGCCUAAGUUUCUUAAGCCUAAGCCUAAGCCUAACGAAAAAAAAGGUAAGCCUAAGCCUAAAGUAAGCCUAAGCCUAACAUUCUAAAAGUUGAGGAAGUUUAAGCCUAUGGUAAGCCUAAAGUAAGUUUAACCUUAAAUUUCGUAAGGCUAAAGUAAGCCUAAGCCGAAGUUUCUUAAGCCUAAGCCUAAGCCUAAAGUACGCAAGCCUAAGCCUAACACUUCAAAGUGUAAAGUAAGCUUAAGGCUAAAUUCCGUAAGCCUAAACCUAAAGAAAUCCUAGGCCUAAAGUCCGCAAGCCUAAUCUACCUUUUCAAUAUCCUAACACUCUAAAAGUUAUGAAAGCCUAAGCCUAAAGUGAGCUUGACCCUAAAUUCCGCAAGCCUAAAGUAAACCUAAGCCUAAAGUAUGUUUAGGCCCGAAUUCGGCAAGCCUAAGCCUAAGUUCCGUAAGCGUAAUUAAGCUUAAACCUAAGCCUAAAGUAAGUUUAAGCCUAAAUCCCUUAAGCCUAAGCCUACCUCUAAAGUUCAUCGAUGAAAUUUUCUCAAAAAAAAAAUCGGCGAGCCCAGAGAAGAAAUAUUUUUUUUAAGCCGAGAGGCUCUCAAAAAAAUUUAUGUUGUAAACAUUUUGCUUGUGCACAUUAAAAUUGAGCACAAAAAAUUAGAAGAUGUUUUUUUUUUGUUGUGACAUUCAUACACAUAUUUCUCCAAUCCCAAGAGUCUAAUUUACUUUUUUUUCAACCAAAAAAUGGAAAAACGGAAGGAAACUGGCGUCCGCCGACGAUUUUUCCUCGUUUUUUUUGCUCAUUUUUCUCUGACCACACUGUUUGACAUAAACAUAAACAUAAAUAUUUUUUUCCUGGAGGACUACAAAUUUUUUUGUCGAGUUACUGUAAGUUGACCUUUCUCAGAGUGAAUUCUGGCUUGGUUUUUUUUUUCUUUUUUUUUUCUUUUUUUUUUGAAAAAAAAAGUUAUGACCUGAAAAUGCUGCAUUUUUGAUGACUGGUUCGAGUUCGAACGUCACAAUUUUUUUCAAUGUUAAAAGUUCCACAUGACAUUUUUAAAGAUAUUUUCCACGUGUUUCCGGGAUAUCAGAUCUAAUUUCAAGAUUUAGAAGAUCGCAUUGCUCAUGUUAGAAGACUUCGUAGAUCAAAUUUGUCAUGAUCUUCAAAAUUCACGGCGAAUUUGAAUUCAAGUUUCUGAAUUUCUGAAUUUUUCGCAAGCUAAAGAUUGAGAAGAUAUUAUUAUUGCUCAUGUUAAAGGUUAAUUUUGCCAAAAUUAUUUUCCUAUGAAAUUUUAGAGAUUUUGACAGUUAAGUUAUUCAAAUCGAAAUUUUCUAAUAUGAGCAAUAAUUUUGAAAAUUUGAUUUUGCAGCCGAAAAUCAUAAAUUUUCAAAAUUCAGAAAAAAACUUUUGAAACACAAAAAAAUUUCAAAAAUUUUCAGAAAAUGUCAAAAAACUAUAUGAAUUGAAUAAUGUUCGUUAGACGCGUGCGGCUGUGCGUCGCGGUUUUUCCCUUUGCUUUCCGACCGCGACGCAUAGCCGCACGCGACUGACAAACUAAUGUUUUUUCUAAAUUUUUGACAUUUUUUUCACACAAAAAUGAAAAAAAAUGUCCAAAAAUAGGAAAAAAACAUUUUUUUUGGAAUUUUCUGAAUCGAAAUUUUUUAUUGAAAUUUUUUUCAUUAAUUUGAAAAAUUUUAUUUUCGUUUUUUUCAAAAUUCAAAAAAAAAAUCUCAAAAAUUUUGAAUUUUUUUCCAGAAGUCUGAGUUUGCCGCGCAAAUUUGAAAAUUCAAAAAAUUCGUUUUCAGCGCUAAAAAUCGUGAUUUUCAAAAUUUGAAGUGAGCCUAGAAGUCUAGAAUCCCUAAGCCUAGAAGCCUUAAGCCUAGAAGCCUUAAGCCUAGAAGCCUUAAGCCUAGAAGCCUUUGUUUUAUUUUCAGUGUUUUCAAAAUUCAAAAAAAAUCUUGAAGUUUCAAGGCAAAAUCGCUGAUUUCUAAGGCAAAAAAUGUUGAAUUCAAGAAAAUUUCCGAAAUUCUCACACAUAAGAAUAAAAUCAAAUAAAAACAAUCAACAAAGGUCAGUGGCUGGCUUCUUCAGAUAGCGAAUUCUCGAGGUUGUAAAAAAGAGGGGUGUCCUCACAGUUCACUCGACCAUAACACCGCUAUUUAUUGUUUAUUUGUUCGAUCGAAUUGAAAACAACCAUUCUCACAUCGUAUAUGCAAAAAUGUGUAUGUAUAUUGAUGAAUCACUCUCACACAGUUUUUUAUGUUGUUCUUUUUCUCGCCCCGCUUUUCUCUCUCUUGUGUUUUAUUCAUUCAUUUUUUUUGUACAUACAAAAAAAAAAAUUGAACUUUCCCCCCUGGAGACUUGUGAGAAAACUUGUGAAUUUUUUUCUGUAUGCGGAAGAAACUGCGAUUUUUCUCAAACAUGUGUUUUUGCUUGAUUUAUGUAUGUAUGUUCGAAUUCGAAUUCGAAUUUAUUUUAAAUUUCGAACGAACGAAAAAAAAAGAGAAAGAGAGCCGAAGAGCAAAUGUAUAUUUAUGAAGAAAUAAUUUUUGAGGUUUCGAAAUUUUUUUUGAUUUUUUAGAUUUGAACAAGCUGGGCGUGGGCUUACGUAUUUUUUGAAUUCUCAAGUUUUCGCGCCAGAAUAAAAUUUUUGAAUUUUGAAAUUUUCGCGCCAAACCCAGAUUUCUGGAAAAAAAAUUCAGAAUUUUUUUUUUCACCUUCUGUUUCGAAAUUUUUUGAUUUUUUUUAGAUCUUUACAAACUUCGGGCUUCCUGGCUUGGGCUUUUGAGUUCGGGCUUCUUCUAAGCUUAGGGCUUCUAGAUUUAGGGUUUCUUCUAGGCUUAAGGCUCUUAGGCUUAGGGCUCUUAGGCUUAGGGGUUCAAAGCUCAGGAUUCUAGGCUUCUAGGUUCAGGGCUUCUAUGCUUAGGGCUUCUAGGCUUAGGGCUUCUAGGCUUCUAGGUUUAGGGCUUCUAGGCUUAGGGCUUCUAGGUUUAGGGCUCUUAGGCUUAGGGCUUUUAGGCUCAGGAAAAAACGUACUUUUUGAAUUUUCCCGCCAGAAUAAUUUUUUUUGAAUUUUCAAAUUUUUGGGCCAGAAUAAAAUUUUUUGAAUUUUCAAAUUUUCGCGCGAAAAUAAUUUUUUUUGAAUUUUUAAAUUUUCGCGCGAGAAUAACAAUUUUUGAAUUUUCAAAAUUUCCCGCUAAAAUCAAAUUUUUGAAUUUUCGCGCGAGAAUAACAAUUUUUUGAAUUUCAAAUUUUCGCGCGAUAAUAAAAAAUUUUGAAUUUCAAAUUCUCGAAUUUUCAUAUUUUCGCGCGAAAAUAAAAUUUUUUGAAUUUUUAAAUUUUCAAAUUUUCGCGCGAAAAUAAACAUUUUUGAGUUUUUACAUUUUCGCGCAAAAAUAAAAUUUUCCCGCCAAAAUCAAAUUUUUUAGAAUUUUCAAAUUUUCUGAAUUUUCAAAUUUUCGCGCCAAAACCCAGCUUUCAAAAAAAAAAUAAUUCAACAUUUUGAAAUUUUUUGAAAUUUUCCUAGAUCUCAAAAACCUUUUUUCCUCAUUUCAUUUUUUUCCACCCACUUCUUCUUCUUCUUCUUCAUGAUUAAUAAAUAUCAUCUUGUAUCAGUUCAAAAACAAUUCAAAUAUUUACCCUUUCCCGAUGUUUCCACAUGUUUUAUAUUAUUUCCCAAAUCAUUUUUUUUUCUCAUUCUGUGGUUCUUUUUUUCUCUCAAGACACUAAUAAAUUUCCAAUGAUUCAUUUUGUUUUAGAAUUUUCACAAGAUAAUUAAAGGUACUUGUUAUCUAGGUCAAUAUCAUUUUUUUUGCUGAAGAAAAAACAAAAAAAUUAUUUUUAUUUCCUCCUAAUUCACUUUAUGCAUCUCGUGAUAGAAAAAAAAAGGAAAAAUGUUACACUUUCCAUUUUUUAUUUAUUUCUAACUAAUUGUAAACAAAAAUUAAAAAAAAAAGUUAGCCGCCGAGGGGGAUCGAACCCUGGCCUUGCAACUGGUCUGCAUCUGUGUCUGCCACUCGGCCACCUAGCUGUUUUUUUCCUCAGUCGAAAUUGUCAUAUUUAAAAGGCACCUCUCUCCCAAAAAUAAAUAGCUUGCCAAGUUUUCAUGUUUCCUCUUUUCCAUAUAUUGCAAAAACUGUGUCAAUGGAAAUCUUAUCAGUGAAAACGAGGAGACGCAGAGACAUGCAUUCCUCGAUUUUUUUUUCGAUUUUUUGUCUGUUUACUUUCAUCAAAACCUCAACUCAUGUAUAUAAGUAAUAAGUACUUGAAAAGUCUUUUUGAUGUUUUUUUCACUCGUUUUUUUCUAAAUACAACGAAAAUAAAUUUUAUUUUCACGUGACCCAAUAUUUUUCUACUUAUAUUUAACAAAAAAAACUCACUUUUUCCAUUUCCAGAAAGUAGAAGCACAACAAAAACGCAUUGGGAUCUGAAUCGAAAUCGAAGCUGUUAUCCAAUGUCUUUGGUUCAGCAACAACAGCCGGUUAUUCCGCAAUUUUUGGAUUUGGAUUCGGUUCGGAGUUUUCAGAAUGUGCCGCCGGUGGAUUUGGAAGGUGGAACGUUGAUUGAUGCGACUGAAGUGAGUUUUUUUUGUUGAAAAAUAAAGAAAUUGCGAAAAAAAUGCGAAAAAAUAAAAAGAAAACAACGAGACUCCGCGUCUAUGACACCGCGCGUUGUUUAAAUUUAUUUAUUUUUUGCAGUUUUUUUGUGGGCUUUCUUAUUUCGCUUAAAACUCAUCUAAAUGAUCUGAAUUUUCUCUUCAAACUAGACUAUAGUUAAACUAAGCUAAAUCUAAGAUAUCAGAACACAAAAAAUAACUUUUUCAAAGCAUAUUUUGGUCAAAAACUCGAAAAAUACACAAUUUCCAUAGAAAAAUCAGUUUUCUUCCCAAAAUAUUGAAUCUUAGUGUUUAGAAAAUUUUUUUUUCCUGCAAAUUUUCAUUUUUCAAAAAAAAUGCAAAAAAAUAGAAAGAAAACAACGAGACUCCGCGUCUAUGACACCGCGCGUUGUUUAAAUUUAUUCAUUUUUUGCAGUUUUUUUUUCUGGGCUCUCAUAUUUCGCUUAAAACUCAUCUAAAUGUUCUGAAUUUUUCAUCAAACUAGACUAUAGUUAAAUUUAGCUGUUUCUCAGAUCUAAGAACAAAAAUAACUUUUUUAAAGCAUAUUUUAGUCAAAAACACAAUUUUCAUGAAAAAAUUAGUUUUCUUUUGAAAAUAUUGUUUAUACUUCUUCAAUUUAUUUUUUUUUCAUACCUGAAAAUCUUUUUUUUCCUUGGAAAUUACCUUUUUUCCCAAAAAGAAAAAAUUGCAAAAAAAAUAAAAAGAAAACAACGAGACUCCGCGUUGACGCCAACGCGCGUUUUCGAAAUUUUUUUAUUUUUUCGGUUUUUUCGCCAUUUUUCGGUGAAUUCUUAUCGAAAUGAACUGAUUUUUUGAAUUGAACUACACUAUAGUUGUCUGGGAACAUUUGGGGGCUAUUUUUUUCGAGAAAAAAGUGUUAUAAAAACAUUUUUUGGUUCCAGGAAGAAGAAAUCGAUCAAAGCGAUGGUUGUGCCGUCAAAGUGUUCACCUAUCGAAUUCUAUCAGCCGAUCAAAUGGAAGAAUUGACAAAAACCGUUCGACAAAAGAUAAAAAUCGAUUGCACACAAACGAUGCGAAGUAUGAAAAUGAUCGGAAGCGAGGCAAAAGUGAGUCAUUUUUUUUCAUUUUUGCCUGAUAUUUUCGGGUGUGCAAACAACAUGUAUUUUUUUUGUUUAACUUCGCGAGCUUUAUUGAUUUUUUUUCCUGUGUUUUUUUCAAAAAGGGAUUUAAAAUGCAUUUUUAUUGCCGGGUUUAUAGGCUCAUUUUCCUUUUUCGGUGCAUUUUCUCAAAAACAAAAAAAAAAAAAUUUUUUUUUGAAGGUCAUCGAAAAUAGCCAGCGAAUAAGUGGUGAUAUAAACGGAAUGAAGCCGGUUGAAUUCUCAAACAAUUCUCGAAAUAUUUGCAUUGAACCUCAUCAACUUUCACUUGAUCCGAAUGAUGAGCAAGAUCUUCAAAUAUCUCGAGUCCUCAAUCAAGUUCCGAAUACUUUUAUGAAUCUUUUGAGUCGGGAGAAGGAUAUGUUUGGUGAGUUUUUGGGAGGGAAAAUUAAAACUGAAUUAUUAAACUUUUAGGGGAUUUUUUGGGAACAAUUAUUUUCAGAAAUUUUUGAAUUUUGUGAAUUUUUUCCUAGAAAAACACCUCUUCUUGAAAAAAUUUGUAGAUAAAAUUUUUUAUUCCAUAAAUUUUUGGAACCUUCCGGCACAAUUUUUGAGAGGUACUGUAGGUCUUCAGAUUCAGCAUGAGAGGUUCAAAACUUUUCUCAAUAAUGAUAGACCUACAGUACCCCUCAAAAAUUUUGAUCUAAUAAAUUUUUGGAACUUUUUGGCACAAUUUUUGUGAGGUGCUGUGGAUUUUUAAAAUCAUGAGGAGAGGUUCAAUUUUUUCCUAAAUAAUUAAUCAGAAAAUCAGAAAAAUUCAAAAUUCAAACAGAAAAUUUUGCAGUCAAACUCUAUCCCGAACUAUUUGAAAAAAUGCGUUCCGAAUCCUCAUUGAUACCAUCGACAACAACUGAAAUCAUCACAAAUCCCGACGGAUCAACGACGACGAAAGUGAAAAGUAGCAAGUCUUAUAGGUAUGUAGGUUUUUCAUUCAUUUUUUGUGUCCCGCGCGCAUUUUUUUCAACCAGAAGAAGAAGAAGAUGGAAAAUGCGCUUAUGUAAAUCACACAUUUUAUUGAUUGAUAUUUUUUCAGCUCGCAUUUUUCGAGACAUGAAACUUAUGUGAAUGGUGUGAAGAAAAUGUCGAAGAGCAAGUUUCGAGCAUUUGUUGAAUACAAGGUUGGUUUUGGAUAUUUUCUAGCUCAAAAUGAUCGUCUGGAGCUGAAAAUUAGGAUUUUCGUAAACUUUGAAGUUUCAAAUUCAUUUCAAGUUCAAAAAAUCAUGAUUUUCAGCUUCUUUGGGCUCAAAAUUGUGUGAUUUUUCACGAAAUUUGAGCUUGAAUUGAGAUCUUUGAGCUCAAAAAAGCUGAAAAUCGUGAUUUUUUGAAAAAAAAAUAACUUGAAAAAAUUUUUUGUGUUCUCCAAAAAUGUUUUCAUUUAUUUUUGGUGGAUCAGAAAAAUUAAGAUCUAAUGAGAAUUUCUAAAUUCAGCUUUUUUGAGCUCAAAGAUCUCAAUUCAAGCUCAAAUUUCAUGAAAAAUCACAAAAAUCACAAAAAUUGAGAUUUUCUAGCUCAAAAUAAUCGUCUGGAGCUGAAAAUUAGGAUUUUUUGUGAACUUUAAAUCUUCAAAUUCAUUUAAAGUUCAAAAAAUCACGAUUUUUCAUGAAAUUUGAGCUUGAAUUGAGAUGUGUGAGCUCAAAAAAGCUGAAAAUCAUGAUUUUUGAACUUGAAAAGUUUUCAAUUCAGCGUGACCAUAAAAUUUCAAAUUUUUUCAGGGUCCUGAAGGAGGUUUCCAAGUCAAACUUUCCGACGGAGAUGAAUUUGAUUUAUCCGAAGAUGAACAAGACGAGGAUGAUAAAAGUCAGGCUUGUUAUUCAGAAAUCGCAGACACAGAAUCUGAAAUCACCGGGGAGCCAACGCCAAAAAAAGAAAUCGAAAAACGAUAUCAAAAAGCGUGGUACGCGGCAAAAGAACUCGUUGACAGUGAGCAGAGAUAUGUGGAAGAAUUACGAUUGCUCGGUGAAACCUUCCGAAAUCGAUUAGUCAAAUCGGAUAUCAUGACAAAUGACAAGAUCAGUAAAUUAUUGGCGAAUGUCUCGUCGCUUUAUCAAUUUCAUAACACUCAUUUUCUACCGCAAUUAAUGGAGUCGAUUCGAGAGUGGAAUACGACGAAGAGAAUUGCGAAUGUUGUCAGGAAACAGGCGCCAUUUUUGAAAAUGUAUUCAGAAUAUACAAAUAAUUAUGAUAGAGCUUGUAAAUUGUUUGAAGAAUUGAAGAAGAAGAAGAAAUUUGUUGAUUUGGUGAAGGAGAUUGAAAAACAACCGGAAUGUGGGGGUUUACCUUUGUCACAUCAUUUGAUUUGUCCAGUUCAAAGGGUUAUGCGAUAUCAAUUAUUGCUGCAAGAAUAUAAAAAACAUUUGCAAAAUACUGAUGUGGAUUAUGAAGAUACAACUGUUGCGUUGGAAUUGGUUUUGCAGGCGGCAUCGCAUGCAAAUGAGAUGAUGAAGAAAUUGGAUCGAUUUGGAAAAGUUAUUGAGGUUCAGGAGCAGCUAGGCAAUUCGAUUUCAUUGGUGUCUCCAGGGCGGGAAUUACUCAAAUCCGGAUGUGUUCAGAAGAUCUCAUCGACGACGGAGAAAACGGAAGAGCGAUUUGUAUUUUUGUUCAAUGAUUUGGUGAUUUUAGCCAGUGAGCGGAAGAUGAUUGGGAUGGCAAAAUAUAAAUUGCGAGCGGCGUUUAGCGCGAAUUCAAUGCAAGUUUGUGAGGGGGAUAAUUUGGAGAGAGAGCAUUCGUUUUAUUUGAGAGGAUCUGAUGGAAAUGGGCCGAAGCGGUGUGUUGAAUUGUUUACUUCUACUCAGAAAGAGAAAAAUGAGUGGGUUGAAGCGAUAUUUUCGAUAAUUGAUGAGGCGAAAGCGCAUAGCGCAACGUUUUCGAUAAGUUCGGUGAGGAGCUCGUUUUCGGAAACGAAUAAUAAUGAGGAGAUUGAAUCGAAACAUUGUGCUGAUUGUGAUGUGGAAUUUGGGUUGGUUUUUUUUUAUUUUUGGAUGGGGGGUGGGGCUUCUGAAAUUGUGAAAAAUCUGGAUUUUCUAAAAAUCUCACAAUUUCAAAUGUCCAAAUUUUCAUUGAGUUUGGAGUCUUUUCAUUUAUGACGUGGCAAAAUCGAUGAAAUUCGAGUUUUGAACUUUUUUUAUUCCUAGCGAGUGGUUCAAGUCGAAAAAAAUCUUUAAAUUUUCCUCAAAACUUGAUUUUUGAUUUGAAAAUUCUUAAUUUUUCAAUUUCAAUUUUAUUGAAUUUUCCACGUCAUAAAUGCAAAAAUUUCAAAUUUAAUGAAAAAUUUUAGUUGAAAAAGAAAAAAAACUAAAAAAAAAUUUUUUUUACAAAAAAUUUCGAUUCAGGAAAUGAAAAAGCGAUAUUUUUUUCCUAUUUUUUGACUUUUUUUGUGGAAAAAAUGUGAAAAAAUAGAAAUUUUUCGAAAUUUUUGCAUUUAUGACAUGGCAAAAUCAAUAAAAUUCAAGUUUUAAAUUAAAUUUCAAAUUUUUAAAAAUUAAAUUCAAGUUUUAAAUUAAAAUUAAAAUUAUUAAAAAUUUAAAUUUAAAUUUAAAUUUUAAAAAUUUUAAAUUCCUAAUUGAACUUUAAUUAAACGGAAUUUAAUUUUAAACUUGAAUUUUAUCGAUUUUGCCACGUCAUAAAUGAAAAAUUUGAAGUUUAAAAUUAAAUUUAAAAUUAUCAAAAAUUUAAGUUCAAAUUUAAAAAAAAAUUAAAUUCAAAUUUUCAAAAAGUUUAAAAUUAAUCUGACAUAUUCUUGCUUGAACUUCCUAGGAACUUUCAAAAAAAAUCAAAAAUUUAAAGCGUGACCGAACUUUUGCAAUUUCUAGGCCAUUCAAACUUUUCUUCCAGAUUCUUAUCGCGCGGCUCAAAAUGCACAAAAUGUCAUCGAAGAUUAUGCAAAAAGUGUUUCGGUCGAAAUCGUUCCGAAUGCAAAAAAAAUCGAAUAUGCGACACUUGCACCAAAAAUAUGGCAUUGGAUGGAAUCCCAAGAGCUGUCUCAACACAAAAUACAACAGGAAGACGGAAUUUAUUACAAAUGCCGGCGACUGGACACGGUGUAUUGCAUGGAAGUCAGAUUAGGGUUGGUUUUUGUUUUUUUUUUAAUUUUUUUAAAAAUAAUUUUGAGAAAAAGUCCCUUUUUUUUCUUUAAAAAAAAUUUCGCGGUCAGCAAAAAGUCGUAAAAUCGGAUACUUUAUUAUCAUUUCGCCUAUCUUUUGCGCACCAAAAAAGUGUAUCAUAUGAUGAACAAAGUACAAAUUCAAAAAAAAUAUUGUUUUUAUAGUUUCGCGGAAGUCUGGGAAAGAUAUUUGAUCGAUAUAUGGUUGUUCGAGAUGAUUUUUGUUUGUAUUCGUAUGAGACGUUGAAUGUGAGUUGGGAAGGAAUUUUUAAAAUUGAAAAAAAAUGGUUUUGAAAAUUUUUUAAAUGGGAAAAUUCAGAAUUUUCUUUGAAACUUUCAGAAAAAUUGAAAUUUCAAAAAUUUUAAUAAAUUUUGACAAAAAAUUUCGAUUCAGAAAAUGUCCACAAAAAAGUGAAAAAUAUCUCGUAGCGAAAAUUUUUCAAUGUAAAAAAUUCGAAAUUUUUUGUAAAAAAAAAAUCAGAAUUUUUUUUGAAACUUUCAGAAAAAUUGAAAUUUCGAAAAUUUCUGUAGUUUAAUGGGGAUUCAAGUCGAAAAAAAUUUUUUUUAAAUUUUGACAAAAAGUUUCGAUUCAAUGUCAAAAAAACUAUAUUUUUCCUAUUUUUCGACCUUAAAAAAAAAUUUUUUUUUUUUUUUUUUUUUUUUUGAAAAAUUUUUUUGACAAAAAAUUUUGAUUCAAUGUCAAAAAAACUAUUUUUUCCUAUUUUUCGACAUUUUCUGAAUCGAAAAUUUUUGUUAAAAAACUUUUUUUUUUCAAAAAUUCUGUCAGAAACCAUUCUGAAUUUUCCUAAAUCCAGAUUUCUUCAAAACCUCAAUUUUGUGAUUUUUAAAACUCUAAAGCCUUCUGAUAGCCCCCGAAUUCAAAUUUUUGGCAUUUUUUUAUUGAAAUAUUUUCGCUGCGAGAUAUUUUUCAUUUUUUUGUGGAAAAUAAUGUGAAAAAUAUAGUUUUUUGAUUUCUGAAUCGAAAUUUUUUCUGAAAAAAAUCAUAAUUUUUGAAAUUUAAAAAUUUCUAGAAAAUAUUGAGCUUAGUUUUUUCUCAAAAAAUUCAUUGAUUUUUCGAAAAAAAGUUCCAAAUUCUAAAUUUUUACAAAAAAAAUUUUUUUAAAUCAAAUUUUCCAGGAUACAUGUGCAUUGGCAAUGUUGCCACUACCAGGAUGUGAAGUGAAAAUUUGCGGCGAAAAAUUCACAUUUUCACUACGCGUCGGCGCUCGCCGCAUGUACACAAUGAGUGCGGAAAAUGAAGAAUCACAAAUGAAAUGGAUGGCACUUCUUGAUCUCGCCGCAAAUGCGCAUUUAAAGGCACAGCAGCAGCAGCAACCAAAAGCUUGA